AUGGCGUUGGAGAAGAUUGCAAACUUAGAGAAACAACUUGCAAACACAGCGCCAGCAACCCCAGCAGCGCCGGCAGCCCCAACGUCGAAAGCAACAUGUGGCAACACUAGCGCAGCAAAUCUUGCUUCUGCACAGAGCAAGCAGCGUAGCCCAGAUUCGCGCGAGACGGGCGAAGAGGCUGAGGAGGACGAGGAGGAGGGUAAUGGGGAGAAGGAGGGUGGUGAUGACAUGAUCGUCACACCAGCUGGAAAUUCAGUGAUCAGUCAUGACGCCCUGCGUAUGCGCCUUCGGCGUCUCUGCGAGGUGAAGGCCAAGAGCAAGAAAUGCCACGUUGACUCCCAGACUCAUGAACAGUGGAAAGCUGGUGGUGAGGGGAGAGAGUGGUUAGAAAUCGCAUUGACAGAAACUUUGGAGAAACUUGGUGCUGCUGGGAAAAACGCCCACAAGAAAGCUAAAUUCUGCUCCCGCGUGAUCAUAGUACGUGAAAGGAUGGAAGCAAAGGAGUCGGAGAUUCACGGGUCCUGGAUGACUGAAGAAAAGCUUAAGGCCUCUAAGGAGUUCAGUCCGGAAGCGAUCAAAUCCAUUGUCGCUUAUUGUGAGAAAUUUCCUACCGCCCUGAUUCGGCCUUGGAAAUACAAUCCUGACAUCAAGGAGUAUUUUGUUGAGACGGUCACGAAGCAAACGAUCAAGCAAAGCGAGAUGCGCAAACGGACGGAAAUCACUGAUCUCGGCGAGCCUUUCCAGCAAAUCCGCCUAGACAUCGAUCCCUUGUCAUCCUAG